CAGGUUAUAAGAAGCUACACACCAACGCUUAACCUGUUGUCUUCAGCUGUGUACAGAAUCAACUUCUAGAGAGAAACAGUAACAAGAAAUCGAGAAGACUCUGAUUCACCGAGAAGGUUUCGCCUUAAAGAUGAACACUCGCGCGAUCUACGCCGUCAUCGCGAUCCUAGCGAUCGUAAUCUCAGCCGUCGAAUCAACCGGCGACUUGGGAGAUUCGCUAGAUUUCGUGAGAGCCGGAUCUUCAUCGCUCUUCUCUGGAUGCACAGGAUCGAUCGCUGAGUGUAUAGCCGAAGAAGAAGAGAUGGAGUUCGAUUCAGAAAUCAGCCGGCGUAUAUUAGCACAGAAGAAGUACAUUAGCUACGGUGCUAUGAGGAGGAACAGUGUGCCUUGUUCACGCCGUGGUGCGUCGUACUACAACUGCCAGCGUGGAGCUCAGGCGAAUCCAUACAGCCGUGGAUGCAGCACCAUUACUAGGUGCAGGCGUUGAAGAAGAUGAGUCACUUGAAUUUCCUAUUUUGCCCCUUUCUUUUGUGUCUGUCUCUACAAUCUUCAUUUUUUUAAUUAUUUUUAUUUUCCGGAAUAUAUGGGUUUGAUUUAC